AUGCUGGGUCUUACUUGGUCUCGACGUUUUGGUGCCGGUGCCAUCUUGGCAUCGGUUCUGGCCUCUGAAGUAUCUACCCAGAAGACCUCCUCCACUGGUGGCAUUGUGGUCGGCGGUACGUCGUUCGCUCUGAACGGCGACCAUGUCUCCUACCGCUUCCACGUGGACCCAAAUUCAGGCGAUCUCAUCUCGGACCACUUCGGCGGCUCUGUGGGCGAGAAUGUCGGCAUGCACAUCCCCGAGGUCAAUGGUUGGGUAGGCCUUCCCGGCCGUGUCAGACGAGAGUAUCCCGACCUUGGCCGGGGUGACUUCCGAAUUCCCGCCUUACAAAUUCGCCAGUCCCGAGGGUCUACCGUUAGCGAUAUGCAGUACCAAUCACAUCAUGUCGUGCAGGGAAAGCCUGCGCUGGCUGGCCUGCCGGCGACAUUCGGCAGCGAUGAUGAGGUAUCGACCUUGGUUGUACAUUUGUAUGACAACUACAGCUCAGUGGCAGCCGAUCUGAGUUAUUCCAUCUUUCCCAAAUUUGAUGCCAUCGUGCGAAGCGUCAACAUCACAAACGAGGGGCAGAGCAACAUUACCAUCGAGAAGGCGGCAACGAUGAGGGUUCGAAGGAAGGUUGAAUACGGGACCCAGGGGUUUGGAAGUACCGCUGGUUAUUCGUCUCAUUUCCAUAACCCAUUUCUCUCUCUCCUAACACCCACCACGACCGAGUCCCAAGGAGAAGCUUGGGGGUUCUCUCUCGUCUACACGGGUUCUUUCUCUGUCGAUGUCGAGAAGGGAUCCCAAGGAUUUACACGGGCUAUGCUUGGCUUCAACCCCUAUCAGCUCUCCUGGCCCCUGGCGCCCGGUGAGACGCUCACCACUCCUGAGUGUGUUUCUGCGUACUCUCGAUCCGGGAUCGGGGGUGUAUCACGUAUCUUUCACCGUCUCUAUCGAAACAGUCUGACCAAGAGCCACUUCGCUAUCGAGACGCGACCGGUCCUGCUUAACAGCUGGGAGGGUCUGGCAUUCGACUACAACCAGAGUACCAUCUACAACUUAGCACAGGAGUCGUCACAGCUCGGUGUGAAGCUUUUCGUGCUGGACGACGGUUGGUUUGGUAACGAAUACCCCCGUGUCGAUGACAAGGCCGGUCUGGGCGACUGGGAAGUCAACACUGAUCGGUUUCCUGAAGGCAUCGCCUCUCUCGUGGACCAAGUAACACAACUAAAGGCCGCUAAUUCAACAGAAAACCUGCAGUUUGGCUUGUGGUUUGAACCUGAGAUGGUGAACCCCAACUCCACUCUCUACAACGAACAUCCCGACUGGGCUCUGCAUUCUAGGGAUUACCCUCGCACAGUCAGGCGAGAUCAGCUUGUGCUAAAUGUGGCGCUCCCGGAGGUCCAGGAUUUCAUGAUUAAGUCUGUCUCGAAUAUCCUGGGAAAUGCCUCCAUCUCAUAUGUCAAGUGGGACAACAAUAGGGGGAUUCACGAGACGGGUAGUCCAGAUGUGGACCAUGCAUACAUGCUGGGCUUGUAUCACGUAUUCGAUGUGCUCACCACCCGCUUUCCAGACGUAUUAUGGGAAGGUUGCGCCUCAGGCGGUGGGCGAUUCGAUCCAGGCGUUCUACAGUACUUCCCACAGAUCUGGACAAGUGACAACACAGAUGCGCUCGAGAGGCUGCAUAUUCAGUUUGGGACAUCUCUCGUGUACCCACCCUCGUCAAUGGGCGCCCAUAUAUCCGCAGUCCCGAAUGGACAGACAGGCCGAACUAUCCCCAUCGUUUUCAGAGCCCACGUCGCCAUGAUGGGAGGAUCUUUCGGGCUCGAACUGGACCCAGCCGUCAUGCCCGCCGAUGAAAAGGCCGUCGUACCUGAGUUAAUUGCCAUGGCUGAAAAGGUGAACCCUAUUGUAGUCAGGGGUGAUCUGUGGAGACUCAACCUACCAGGCGAGUCCAACUGGCCCGCCGCACUUUUUAUUGAUGAGGAUGGCAGCCAGGUUGUUCUAUUCGCGUUCCAGAUACGGGCAAUGGUUAAUAGCCCGUACCCCCGGGUCAGGCUCCAGGGGCUCGACCCAGGGGCGAGCUAUCACGUUGGAAAUAGGGGCGCAAAUGGGACGUACUCCGGAUCAACUUUGAUGAGAAUGGGAAUACAAUUCGCUUUUCAAGGAGAUUAUGAUAGCCGGGUUCUGUUUAUCGAGAAAGCAUGA